AUGCCAAAUAUGACGCUGGAGUUGAACGCCUCAGAUGACCGUGGAAUCAACGUGGUCCGGGAGGAGAUCCAAGACUUCGUUAGCACCCGGAGCGUCUUUAGCAACACAUUCAAGCUUGUGAUACUGGAUGAGUGCGAUGCAAUGACCAAGGAUGCACAGAUGGCUCUGAGGCGAGUGAUCGAAAAGUACACAAAGAACGCAAGGUUCUGCCUCAUCGGCAACUACGUCAGCAAGAUAAUAUCAGCACUGCAGUCCCGUUGUAUGCGGUUCAGAUUUCCACCCUUGGAAGAGCAAUUUGUUCGUCCCAGGCUGCAGCAUGUGGUCGACGUUGAAGGUGUCUCCAUCGAUGCUGCUGCCAUGGACGCAUUGAUAGCCUUGGGGUCUGGUGACAUGAGAAGAUCUCUCAACAUUCUUCAGUCAGUCCACAUGGCAUACGGCAAAGUAACAGAGGCUGGUGUGUACAACUGCACCGGAAAUCCUUCUCCAACGGACAUGCAGGAGGUGUUCAACUGGCUGCUGAAUGAGCGCUUCAGCACUGUGUUUAAGAAAAUAAUGCAGAUGCAGCUGGAGCAGGGUCUUGCCCUUGCAGACAUAACUCGCGAACUGCACCCGUUGAUAUUUCGCAUGCACAUGCCAACCAGCAUCCGCAUCGACCUUGUCAGCAAGCUGGCAGACAUCGAGCAUCGCCUGACUCUGGCCACAUCGGAGGAGCUACAGUUGGGUGCGCUGGUGGGAGCUUUCACUGAGGCAAGAGAGAAAAUAGUCAAAGUCGCAGAAUGA